GACGCGGCCCGGCUGGCUGGCUCCGGCGGCGCCUGGGCGGGGGCCGCGGUGGCGGCGGCCGCGGCGGCGGGCGGCGGUUGCUCGUGCGCGGCGGUGGUGGGCCCUGCGGGCGGUGGGGCGCUGACGGCCGGGGGAGCGGCGGCGGCGGGCCGGGCGGCGGGCGGCGAGCGGGGGAAGAUGGCGGAGCUCGGUAAGAAGUACUGCGUGUACUGCCUGGCCGAGGUGAGCCCGCUGCGCUUCCGUUGCACCGAGUGCCAGGACAUCGAGCUGUGCCCCGAGUGCUUCUCGGCCGGCGCCGAGAUCGGCCACCACCGCCGCUACCACGGCUACCAGCUGGUGGACGGCGGGCGCUUCACACUCUGGGGGCCCGAGGCCGAGGGCGGCUGGACCAGCCGCGAGGAGCAGCUGCUGCUGGACGCCAUCGAGCAGUUCGGCUUCGGAAACUGGGAAGAUAUGGCUGCUCACGUGGGUGCUUCCCGGACGCCCCAAGAAGUGAUGGAACAUUACGUGAGCAUGUACAUCCACGGCAACCUGGGCAAAGCCUGCAUCCCUGACACCAUCCCCAACAGGGUGACAGACCACACCUGUCCCAGCGGAGGCCCCCUCUCGCCCAGCCUCACCACCCCAUUGCCUCCCCUGGACAUCUCGGUGGCGGAGCAGCAGCAGCUGGGCUACAUGCCGCUGCGGGACGACUACGAGAUUGAGUAUGACCAGGACGCCGAGACGCUCAUCAGCGGGCUUUCGGUGAACUACGACGACGACGACGUGGAGAUCGAGCUCAAGCGCGCCCACGUGGACAUGUACGUGCGGAAGCUGAAGGAGCGCCAGCGGCGGAAGAACAUCGCCCGCGACUAUAACCUGGUGCCCGCCUUUCUGGGGAAGGACAAGAAGGAGAAGGAGAAGACGCUGAAGCGCAAGAUCACGAAGGAGGAGAAGGAGCUGCGCCUGAAGCUGAGGCCGCUCUACCAGUUCAUGUCGUGUCAGGAGUUCGACGACCUGUUUGAAAACAUGCACAAAGAAAAGAUGCUCCGGGCCAAAAUCCGAGAACUGCAGCGCUACCGGCGGAACGGGAUCACCAAGAUGGAGGAGUCGGCGGAGUACGAGGCGGCGCGGCACAAGCGCGAGAAGAGGAAGGAGAACAAAACCCUGGCGGGCUCCAAGCGCGGCAAGGAGGACAGCAAGGACGGCGAGUUCGCCGCCAUCGAGAACCUGCCGGGAUUCGAGCUGCUGUCCGACCGCGAGAAGGUGCUGUGCAGCUCUCUAAACUUGAGCCCGGCGCGCUACGUGACUGUGAAGACUAUUAUCAUUAAAGACCACCUCCAGAAACGACAAGGAAUCCCCUCCAAAAGUCGCCUUCCUAGUUACCUGGACAAAGUCCUAAAGAAAAGAAUUUUGAAUUUCCUCACGGAGAGUGGCUGGAUCUCCAGGGACACGUCCUGAGGCUGCAGGGACCCUGGAGCCAGCGUGACCUGGGUGCUUGCCGCUGUUGCUCUGUCUGAGACAAAUCGAGUUCCUUUUUUAAGAUACAAGUUCUUUUCAUGGUCCUCUGAAAGCAGCAAUAGUAACAAUCUUAUAUUGGAUCAUGGGGGAAAGAAAUAUAAGUCUAUUUUAACUUAAUCCUAAAAGUAAUACUUUAAGAUGAUUUGCCUUUACCUGUUCGGUUUGGAGAGUAUUAUGAGAUUAGAUAAUUUCCUUUUAGUUUGUGAGCUUUCUUCCCUUUGGGUACAAAACUGUUGUGCUAUGGGUAACAGGAGCAUGGUUUUCCCGCUGGACUGCAAGCAAAAGCGCUUUCCCGGUGACACAGCUCUUCUCAGCGGGGCUGCGGGAGGCUCCCCUUCUCAGCCCACGCGCCCCGGCUGAGCCCAGCUGAGCCCGGCACGACCGGGCACGAGGCACUUUACAGGGAGGCAGGUCGGGCACAGAUCCACUGUGUAGCAGAUGAAGAGAGGCCAGAGAACAGGAUGACGUUUCCAUAGAAUUUAACGAGGAAGAAUCUGUGCUUGAACAUAAUGACCAGAUCACCUUCCACUUAACUGUUGGCGGCAGCAGUUUGAGCCUGCGGUCCCCAGAUCCCCAAACUGAGCGUUGCCUUGUUCGGAUCUGGGCAGAGCCUGCUGGUUCCCUUGGGAAGAGCAGUGCCCCCCAGGGCAGGCUCCCUUAGUGUGGCCAUGUCCCUGUGAGGGUAAAAUCAAGCUAGCGGGAGGGACAGGGCUGAUGUGGACUUCCAGAACCUGUAGACCAGCUUCCCGGGGCUGAGUGUUGCUGUUGGUAUGUGCAGUGCAUUUUACCUGGAAGAACCGGUUUUAAAAAGUUUAAGGCUAAGAGUUCUGAGUUCUGCCGUUAAAUUCCUCAGGAUUUUCAUCACGGUUGCAAGUACCCUUUUCGCUGAAAUCAUGAGCACACUCGCCUGGCAAAGCAUCUUCAGUGUCGCCAGGCCAGGGCAGUUCUGACCAGUGUGUCCUGGGCCAUGCCUCAGCCUGCGCACUGCUUCUCUCUUCACUGUCCUGAAUCAGACUCAGAAAUGGCUUCUUCCCAGCCCUAUAAGUUUCUUUCUGGGGCCUUCCUUCAAGGAUGUACAUGGUACCUUCCUCCUGAAAUUUGAGGAAGUCUGUUGUCUUCCAGCUGCUCAGGCUGCUCAGGGUUCUCCCGCCUAAGUCCCUGCUUUAAGGAGAGUCUGGAGUGACAGUCCCAGCACUCCGUUCUUUCAGGAGCUUGUCUUGCCUCUCCUGCCCCCAUAGGUACCGAAAGACUAUUUACCUCCCACAAUGUUUGGGUGUGAAGUUACAUUAAAGUGAAGUUAUUCGAAAGAAAAAAACCUCAUCAUUAAGGACAACUUAAUUACUGUGCCUUUUCCUUUCUUUUUACAUCAUUCUGUCCCCUAGGGUAAAUUUUUCAGCAUUAAAUAAAACAUUUCAAAUAUA